GCGGCGGCGGUGGCGGUGGCGGUGGUGGUGGUGGCGGCGGCGGGGCUCCCCCCACUCCCUGCCUGCCCGCCGCCGUGCCCGAUCCGCUCCUGCUGCUGGGCUGCUGCCUGCGGCCGCAGGACCCGGCCGAGCCGGGCCGAGGGGAGCGCGGGCGGCUGCUGGCGGCGGCCGAGAUGAUGGCGGAGGGCGGCGGCGGGCCGGCGCGGAGGAAGGCGCUGUCGCUGCUGGAGGCGGCCCGCUCCCGCUACGAGAGCCUGCAGAUCUCCGACGACGUCUUCGGGGAGUCGGGCCAGGACAGCAGCGGGAACCCCUUCUACAGCACUUCGGCCGACUCUCGCUCCGCCGCCUCUUCCCAGGACGAGGAGGACGACGAGGAGGACGAGGGGCGCCCGGAGGGGCCGGGCCCGCGGGGCAAGGCGGCCCGGCGCCGCGCCCUCAGGGCGGCGGCCACCCCGGCGGAGCGGCGGCGGCAGCGGCAGGUCAGCGGCGGCGGCAGCGCCGUCCCGGGCGGCCCCGGCCCUAUGGAGGAGGAGGAGGAGGAAGCGGAGAAGGGGGGCUGGACCCGGUCGCUGCGAGACGUCCCACCCCCUCACUUCAAGGAUGGCAGCGGUCCAACACGAAAAAUGCCCCUGACUGCCAGUGCCAUGGACUUUUUUCAGCUCUUUGUCCCUGACAACGUACUAAAGAAUAUGGUGGUCCAAACCAACAUGUAUGCCAAGAAGUACCAGGAGAGGUUUGGUAGUGACGAUGCCUGGAUUGACGUCACCUUGACGGAAAUGAAGGCCUUCUUAGGCUACAUGAUAUCAACCAGCAUCCACCACUGUGAGUCCGUUCUCAGCAUCUGGAGCAGCGGCUUCUACAGCAACAAGAGCAUUGCACUUAUCAUGACACAAUCACGGUUUGAGAAGAUCCUGAAGUACUUCCACAUUGUGGCCUUCCGCUCGAGCCAGACAACGCAUGGCCUCUACAAAAUCCAGCCUUUUCUGGAUUCUCUGCAGAAUGGCUUUGACUCCGCUUUCAGACCUUCGCAAGCCCAGGUACUACAUGAGCCCCUGAUUGACGAAGAUCCUGUUUUCAUUGCCACAUGCACAGAGAGGGAGCUGCGCAAGAGGAAAAAGAGGAAAUUCAGUCUCUGGGUUCGGCAGUGCUCAUCCACCGGUUUCAUCUGCCAGAUUUAUGUCCACCUCAAAGAAGGGAGCGGUGCUGACGGGCUGGAUGCUUUGAAGAACAAACCGCAGCUUCACAGUAUGGUGGCCAAAAGCCUUUGUCAGAACGCCUCUGGGAAGAACUACAUCAUCUUCACUGGCCCAAGCAUUACCAGCCUGAAUCUCUUUGAAGAAUUUGAGAAGCAAGAGAUUUACUGCUGUGGGUUGCUGAGCACCAGGAAGAGUGACUGCACAGGCCUACCUCCAUCCAUGCUGAACAACCCUGAAACUCCCCAGUCCAGAGGACAGUACAGAAUAAGAAUGAAGGGAAACAUGUCCUUGAUCUGCUGGUACAAUAAAGGGCACUUUCGUUUUCUGACCAAUGCCUAUUCACCGGUUCAACAAGGAGUUAUAAUUAAGAGAAAAAGCGGAGAAAUUCCAUGCCCGUUGGCAGUUGAAGCCUUUGCUGCUCACCUUAGCUAUAUCUGCAAAUAUGAUGACAAAUACAGCAAGUAUUUCAUUUCUCACAAACCAAACAAGACCUGGCAACAAGUAUUCUGGUUUGCCAUCAGCAUCGCUAUAAACAAUGCCUACAUCCUCUACAAAAUGUCAGAGGCCUACCAUGUGACAAGGUAUAGCCGCGCACAGUUUGGUGAAAGACUUGUAAAGGAGCUUCUGGGCUUGGAAGACACCUCACCCUCCCAUUGAUGCAUUGUUCUUGGUGGCAUAGGCAGGGGGUGGAUGGUAAGCAGAAGAUGAUACCACACCUGGAACGGCAAAGCAAGGAACUUGUGACACCACCAGUGCUGUCCUUAUCCAAAAAUGCCAAGUGAUGCCACUAGAGAGGUGGAAACUUUGUUCCUAGUAGCAGCUGGAUGUAUACAUGUCCUGCAGAAAGUGCCACUGGAAAAGCUGACACAGAAUUGCAUAUGUGAAUGCCCUGUGGGAAUCUGUACACCAGAAACAGACUCAAGUUAGUCGUCAUCUCAAUACUAUUUGUUCAACAGGGUCAUCUUGUAAAGUUCUUCUUGGGCUAAGAGCUUGUCAUAAGCUGACGUAGCUCAGCAGUCCUAGGCAGGUGUUACAGAAAACUCUGUACCUUACUUGGAGUUAUUCAAUCCUGGGACAAACAACGUAAGUCUACACCGUGGGCUGUGGGUGAGAGUGCCUGCCAUCCUGUACGGCCUCGCUGCUGUCCUCCCAGUGUGCUAAACGAAGCAGUUCAGAUACACGAACACUGAAGCAAGCGUAUUGACAAACAAAACCUUUGCAGGCAGGCAGCCAGGAACUGAGGACCAGUUAAGACUUUUUCUUUCUGUCUUUUUUUUUCUUUUCUUUGUUUUUAUUAAUGUAAUGUAAAGCAAUUUGAUCCCAGUUAGAACACAGCAAAAUUAGGAGAAACCAAAUACAUUAGUGAAUUUAAAAUGGAAAUAUAUUACAUUGAUUUUCUUUUUUAACCAGGACAAAACAUUUUAUACGCAAACAAACAGUGAAUAAUGCUGUAAAUAUUAACAGUGAGUAAACCAGUAAGUAAUACUGCCUCACUUCUUAACUGCCACAGUCAGUGUACAGGUGAGAAAUCAGAGUAUAACAAUGAUAUUUUUUUCUUGAUUUCAACUGUAUCUUAAAUGUUGCUUAAAAAUCUAAUGUAAUGGACUGUUAAGUUCUUAGGAACAACAAUUUCUUUCUUUUCCUUUUGUAACUGUCAAGACUUGUUUGGUCCAUUUUAGAACUUCAUUUGGCACACAGUUGGCAGGAAAAAAAUAAGUCACUAAUAGCAGUGUGUUUCCCAUUAUCACUGCAGGGUGUUCUAUAGGAAUUCUUCUUGUUAGAGUUCGGGGCUUGUCACAGUAGUUGUAAUUAAGCAGAUUACAUGUUUAGCAAAAUAACAUAGCAUUCUGUUUUACAACAAGAAAGAAGUCCAGUUGCAACCAGCCCUUAAACCUCACAAAAACAGAGCAAGCCCAAAGAGUUCUCCUGUUCUGAGUAACAUUGUAGGGGCCAAGCAUCAUCACUGAGCUGGUGCCCAUGGCUGAAAUGCCAUGUUUUGGUGCUGGUGGAAUCUGAAGGUCGCUGAAGCUUUGGAAAACAAUGCCGAGAGAGAGAGGUAUGAUUGAAACAGGGGAGAAUCAACACUGAGGUAAAAUACUACCCUGCCCUCUAUACAUUAUUGAUUUCAGUCCACAACUCAAUCAGCAAAACCCUCUAUAUUCUAAAGGUUAGCAGUGAUGGACACAAGCAGAAUUGCAUUAACUUACAGGGCAGAAACCAUCUUGCUUAGAGGACCAGCUGGUUUUAGGUCCCCAAGCCUGAAAAGUUUUACCUAAGAAUGACUUAGGUUGAUUGAUUCAAGAGGAAUGGAGUGAUUGAUUGAUUGAUUUCUUUACCAGUGUAAACCUCACCAGGUUAUAGGUGUCUGUCUGGCAAGAGGCAACAGAGGCUAACCAAUACAAAUUUGAGAACUCCGCAGAUUUCAUCAUUAUGUGAUAUGCAAAUGCAUAGCAUGUAAAUCACACCAGAGGAAGAAUCCAGCAGAGGUUAGUAAAUUACUGACUAGCCCAAAGAGCAUCCUUGCACUGCCAUCUUUCUAUUUCCACCAAAGUCUUACUUUUUUGGCGUAGACUUAGAGGCAGAUCUCACCUGCUUGCAGGGAGAGUAAGGGGACAGCCAACUUCAUACCUUUCUCUCUCUGGGCAUUGUUUCCCCCAUGGCCUGCUCUGCCUGCCAGCUGCACAGUGUACAGCAGUGGGUUUCCUAAGCAUCCCUUUUCACUUCUCAGGCCACAAGGUCUCCACCCAGGAAACGUGGGAGAAAGGACAUAACCUUGUGCACCGAGACCUCCUAGCUUCAAAAGGAAGGAGAGUUUGUACCACUCUAGUCCUUGGCAAUGCCAAGCUGCAUAGGAGCCCAAGGAUGAGUUCAAAACUUCUUGGCACUGCAGAGAAUGGAGACCACCCCUUUUCAGACUGAGCAUGUGGGGUAGCUGGGCCUUGUCAGUCUUGUAAGUAUUCAAAGGGGGAGAGGAGCUAGCAUGAGGCAUGAAAAACAAAUGUUCUGCAAUAUAAGCCCACAGUUUCCUUUUUUUAGGGAAUUCCACAGAGGUACCUGAAGGCAUAUGGCGUUCUUAUUGCUCCCUGCUUCAGACAAUGCCAGCCUAUAUUGCAAUAGGAAGAGUAGCUACAAGUUCAUUACAUCCUGUGAAUUUAUACAGUAGUCAAAAUUGGGGCAGAAAGGAAAGGUCUGGCUGGAACUUUGCUGAUGGGAUGGCUUGAAUGAAGAGUAGCUGCUGGGAGCCCAGCUUCCUUGCAUUGCCCUGCAGUGGUGGAGCAUUUGCAAGGUGCACAUACCCCCAGCAGGGAUGGGGAGGUUUGCAGGACCUCCUCGGAGCCACUUGGCUCUUCUGAGGAGUGAGCACAGCACUCUCCAGCUCUGUCGUAGCCCCCCGAGAUAGAUCUGGAGUCCUUGGCCAAUUGUUACGUUGCUAUAUAUGCUUAAAGGCUUGGAUCUAGGCCAUCCCAUACAGAAAAUGCCUUUUCUUUUUCAGGUGACAGUAGGUCCAAGGCCUUGGAAUGUUUAAUUUUCCACUAAUGUAUGCUGUAAUUUAUAUGGAUUACUUGAGCUAAAAUCAUGAGGUCCUAGCUUUUUGCCUCAGGGACUGGGUCCUGAGUAGUUUUCCCUAGAAUUGGUAUUAACGGGGGAUUACACAGUGGCUAACUAUUACAGGGAAGAUGCUUUAGUCUCCUUCGUAAAGGAGAAAAAUGGAGACAAAAUUAUAGCUUUGCAAUGAAUUUCAUUUUCUUAGCCUUAACCAUCCCUCAUCAUUUUGAACUGGUGCCCUAAACAUGCACAAACAUUCCAUAAGUAAGCAAAAAUAUUUAUAUAUAUUUAUAUGUACAAAAAUGCCUGAAUUUUGGCUCUCGAAGCCAACAAGCAAAAGCCACCAAAGCAUAGUCUUUAUCCAUAGAUGACUAUACCACCUCAUCUUCUCCAUUUAUUGACUAGGAGUGGAUAGGUUUGGAGAAAGUUAAGAUUUCUCCUUGUUGAAAAAGCAUCUUGCACUUUCUUUAUGUUACUACAAAUGAGGCAAAGUAAUUAAGGAAGAAAUUGAAUAAUUUUUAAAAGGCAAAAGUUUGUUAACUGCAGCUCAGCUUCUGUAGCAUUUCCUUUACUGCAAACUGGCUUACUCAGAUUUGGUUCCCUACCUGCUUGUAACAUUAAGGCUUCCCCCUAGUUAAAGGGAAAAAAAAGGGGGGGGGGGUAGUCUCAAAGUAGUGCAAGGAUGCUAGUUAUAGUGUGCACGUGUGUGUUAAUUGUGCAAUGGUUUGUGAAAUGAUAGCAAGUUUGGGUUGGGGGGGGGGGGGGGUGUAGCCUUGAGACAAUCUGGGUAAGAGAUCUUAAAGUCCAGCAGUAGCUGAAGUGCAGUGGAAAUGCCAACCAGGUCACAGAGGUCACAUCUCUAAAUUUUUCCAGACAAAAAAAACCUUCUGAAAACUGAAAAUUACUUCUUUAUGGUAUGCAAACUUUGUUUCAAAGAACUGAGACCAUCAGUAGGACAUACUGACCACCUUCUAUGCACAGUACUGCUUUCAAGAAAUGUCUGUCGUGCCACGAUCCAUUCUUGGAAAACAUUUCUUUUCCCGGUGUGUAAUAGAACACUCACUAAAGCUUAGAAGUCACUGUGAAAUGGUUUCCACUGCUGUUAUCUCAGUUGAAAAAUGCUUCAAGGGCUUGCAGAAACUCUGCCACUUUUUACUUCAGUCCAUUUGUGCACUUGACACUAGGGCACAAUUUAAAGAAAUCUCAUCUCUGUUUUCCAUUUCUAUUCUUUAGCCCCAACCCUUCUACAUUUACAAGGUAGUCCGAGAAUCCCAAUUUAUAGAAGUCUCAGUGUCCCUAAUGGGUACAAUGUUGUUUUCUUCAGACAAUUUCUAGAGAGAAAUACAUUUAGCUGUUUCCAGACUGACACUAAGGACAGCAACUCAAAACAGCAUUCCCGUUCUUUACCUCCAGCUACACUUCUGUGGCUUUUUUUUUUUUUUUGGCUGAAGAGGUUUUUUCCUUCCAAAAUUUAUUUAGUAGUCUGUCUUGAGCUGGUGAGUAGUGAAAGAAGCCUCCAAUAUCUCAGUCUUACAUGUCUUAGUCCCCUAGUUCUGGAGCUGAUUUUAGUGAUGAGUGGGGUGAUGAUAAUUCUGCACAUCUGUGCUACUUUCCAUGCAAGGAUGGCAAAGUGCUUUAACAACCUUGACACUCAUGAGACCAUCAUUAGCUCCUCAAAUAGGAGCUUCCCCUUUCCUAAUCAGACACCAAGGCACAGCACAGGUAAGGGGGUGAUGAAACUGUAAAGUGGAGUUUGCACUCCUGCUGAUUUAAGUCUACGUUCUGCAUUUUCAGUGACUUAGUUCUUGUUCAAAUGCACUUUUCCAAACUAGAAAUGAAAGCAUGCUGAACGUUUUUCCACCCUGAAGUAAGGGCUGUGGGACUUUGUCAGCACAGGUUCUCUUGCUCCAUAUAGGCCGCUGUGAGUCAAAACCAAGUUGCACUGAAGGCAAGAGAAAACUGGAUAAAACAUAGCAGCCCAACCUGCCUAGAAGAGAUAAAAUGGAGAAUCUGAACCUCCACUAUAGUCCAGUAAUCAAUGUGAAAUUCAGUCAAAUAAUUACUAAGACUGACUUGAGAAAAGUCACUGAGGCUCAGAUGGAAUAUGAAGUCUUCCAUCCAUCACUAUGGAGUUUGCCAUGGCACUUUCUUGUUGCUAGAACUGAUGUAAGAUUAGUCGUUUCUAAAACAAGAGCUCAUCUCAAUCUGGUUGAGAACAUUCAAGUGUCAAAGGACUGUUAGCAACACUUUACAAAGGCAAGGAAUUCUAAGCUCAAAACAUGUAUAUAUUUGGCCUCUCAUUAACUGGGAUAUUUUGCACAGACAGAUCACGUCAUCAUCUGCUCAAAUCCAAGCCUAUCACCAGUGCUACUUGAUAUAUGUUCCUCCUUGUAACAGUUCUUCCCAAACCUACCUUUGUUUCCAGAAGCAUUAUGAACUGUAACUGGAAAAGCCCCCGUGCCAUCAUCUCACUGUUGCGGAACAGCUGAGAAUAUCUGUGCUUUGUACAAAAAGGGUCUCUUCUUUUGAGAGACAGCUCUGUGUCUUCAGAAAUCUAGCCCUGGAGAAGUUUCCUGCCCUACGCUUUCCUUUGCUUCCCUCAUUCCAUGGAUUUAGAGCACAUCCAAAUCAGCCCGCAGGUUCUUGGUCAGUCUGGAAGAGGUGACAACACAGAGUUGGCCUUUCAAUUUACUUCUAUAGUAUUACUUUGCUGAUCCUUUCUGCUAUUUCACAGAUCUCAGAUGAAACAGGGUAUUGUUUCUGAAGCCUACACUAAUUGCAGUCACUGUGACGGUGUUGCCUGCUUUGCCCCAUUAGUACUGCCCGUCAGGUUCGUACAGACCUAAAACAGGUAUCGGCAUCACCACACCCACUGCUCCCAUCGGAAUGGCUGUAACAUUUCUCAGCUCUGGAUCGCUGUCAAAGAGGGGCCUUUGACGUGGUCUGGGGAGGUUUUUUUGGUGUUUGGGGUUUUUUUUAAACCCUUCCACUCUGAUGGGUCUGGUGAACAGCUGUUAGUUAUCACGAAAAGGCCUUAAGUGGUAAAUCCCUUUUGUAUCCCUCUUAUGAAGUAAUAAUUGCUUGUAUUAGAUGUCAAGGUGGUCCACACGAUGUGUAGUGCAAAAAUCUUAUCCAUGAAAACAUCACUCUGCAAAAGUGCUCAUUUGAUGUAACUGUAACAACCCCUGAAUGUGUGGGGGACCUGGCUGAAGAACCUAGUGGGAAAGGACCAUAACCCCGUCCUGCAGGGCCAUGGUGUGCAGGACCUGACUGAAUAAACAAAGAGGGGAAAAGACAAGUGCAGUGUGGGAUCCAAGCUCCUCGAACAAACAGACUUCAUAGUCAAGCUAGUCUCAUACGUCUUACUGGGGAAGGGAAGAUGGCAGGCCCACACAGUUUGCUCCCAGCCCUGGCAACUCCAUUUCUGAAAUAAAGAAGCUGGCAAAUGCUUUCCCUCUUCAAGUAUUUACAGUGUGCUCUGGACUUCAAACAGAGCAUUUUGUCCUAUUUUCCCUAGUUACCAACAAAAAAAAAAAAACCUAGAAGUCAAAAAGCAAAGCCCAAUACACUAGGUUCAUCUGUCCAGAACCCCAACCCACUUGGUGUCAAAGUAACUUUGUGGUCUUGUUCUCCAAUUAAUCUGUGUCAAGGUGUAUGCAAAAUGUGACUGCUGAACAAUUCACAUGUCUCUAUGAAACAGAGUUACUCCUUUGAUGGAAAACAAAUCCCAGGUCUCUUGGACUUACUUUUGCAAGCUGGCUUUUUCUGCUGCUUGUAAGCCAAAUCUUUGCCUGGCAUUUCAGUACUGAAAUUAAAAAUAACUUGACCCCAUGGUCUGUCGUGAGAUUAGAGAUAGUAAAACUCAGAUUUAUGCCAGAGAUUGAUCUGAUCCCACAUAGGUGAGGCUGAUCAGCACAGUCUGAUACAAUAAGGAGUUUAAGGGGAACAGCAGGUUUAAGGAGGCAGGGGAAAGUUCAGAGGUUGGGCAUGCAGAGGGAGAGGAGCCAGGCGAUCCCUCCUAACUCUCAUGUUCCCAGCAUGUGUACCCCCCUCCCCUGCUGCCUUUGAAUUAAAAAGAAAAGGCUGAUGUUUAACACAACCAGUCUGCACAGCUGCUUUAGCAACAUAAAUCCUGCUUUAGCUACAUCACCAGCCUCACUCCAUGUCUUUCCUUAUACUAUACAUGUUCAGUAGUCACCAACCUUGGAGUCAAAGCACUGCUGCAUGUCGGCACAGCAUGGAAGCGACAGUGUGAGGAAGCGCCACAGUAAGAAACGGGAACAGUGGGGAUUAAUUUUCAUUUAUUUUCCAAUAUGUGCAACUUACAUUCCAUCAAAUGCAGCGAUGGUACCAAACGCAGCGACGGGCUUUAGCUGGCCGCGUGCUUUCGGGACGACUCCAUUGGGCUGUGCUCACAACAUCGGCGACUGCAAUUCUGUUGCAAAGUUCCAUGUUCUUUAUAAUUCUAAAGAUUUCCAUUGAAAGUGUAAAUUCCAGAGGUAAAGCAUACGCUGCAAUUGCUUUUUUUUUUUCUUUUUUUUUUUUUUUAAACUUCUCAGAGCAAUUUUGUAACAGCCAAGUCUUUCAGGAAAUGCAGGUGUGUGACCUCUUCACGGUAAGAGAUACACAACUGUGUUUCUGUGUGGGACAGGGAACUACUUUUGUGACACCAGUUUUGUUCUACACAAAGGCACGCUUGCAAUAAAUUUUUACAAGUUUUGUACACCAUGAGCUAAAUUCCGAGUUCCAAAAAUGUGAAGUGUGGCAACAAUAACAAAAUGGAUUUAUAGUAUCACUCUGAUAUCUUGUCAUGUGAUUUUAUUUCUUCAACAAAGUUUGUUUACAAUCAACAACUUUGAAAUACAGUCAGAUAUAUUA